GUUCGAAUUGUCAUGCCACUGCUGUCAAAAAUUAAACAAAAUGGCGUGAUGUUUCCAAUCGUCUGUGAUUAAAGCUUAAAAAAAGCAUUUCAAAACCACUGAAAUUCGAUUGUAAAUUCGUUGUCGAUUGUCCCUAGAAUAAGUGAACAGGGCAAGCGUCAUACGGUAGUGUUAGAAAUAAGAUUUGUUUAAUACAAAACAAGCCUCACUGAGCCAAACAUAACUCCAUAAAAAUGACGCAGUAUCUGCCACCAAAUCUCCUGGCAUUAUUUGCUCCACGUGAUCCAAUCCCAUAUUUGCCUCCUUCCGACAAAUUACCGCACGAAAAAAAGACACGCGGCUAUUUGGGUGUCGGCAACUUUCUAAACUUCUUUGAGGAUCCAAAAGAUACACCGCCACCGACUCGUGUGGAGACACGCGAAGAGCGCUUAGAACGUCGGAGGCGCGAAAAAGCUGAACAAGUAGCGUAUAAAUUGGAACGUGAAAUUGCCAUUUGGGAUCCAACACAACUAAAGAACUCAACCGAAGAUCCAUUCAAAACACUAUUUGUAUCCAGAAUUAACUACGAUACAUCCGAAUCAAAGUUACGGCGUGAGUUUGAGGUGUACGGUACGAUAAAGAAGAUUAUUGUCAUUCAAAAUGCAGAAACUGGAAAGCCAAGAGGAUACGCGUUUAUUGAGUAUGAACAUGAACGAGAUAUGCACUCUGCGUAUAAACAUGCCGAUGGUAAGAAAAUUGAUGGUAAGAGAGUAUUGGUUGAUGUUGAAAGAGCCCGCACAGUUAAAGGAUGGCUGCCACGAAGACUCGGUGGGGGUUUAGGAGGGACGAGGCGUGGUGGCCCAGACGUUAAUAUUAAACAUUCGGGUCGAGAAGAUAAUGAGCGUGAACGUGAACGAUAUCGAUUAGAAAGGGAACGAGAGGAUCGUAGCGGCGGUGUAAAUGCAGCGUCUGGUGGUGGAACGAUGGAUCGACGAGGCGAUUUCCGAAAUGACAGAAGUGAUCGGUUCAACGAUCGUCGUCGAUCCCGUUCACCGCGUAUUGACCGCAGAGAAAGAGAGCGUUCGAAGCAUCGAAGUCGAUCAAGAGAUCGGAAGAAGCGACGAAGCCGUGAUCGUGGUGAUCGAGAUGGGGAUGAUAUGGACCGGCGCCGUGAUAGAAGCGAUCGGGAAAAGGAUAAGAAAAGGAAAAAUCGUUCACGCUCACGUGAUCGAUCAGAAAGGAAGCGAGACCGUCGGGACAGAGAAAGAGACAAGGAUCGUAAAGACAGGAAACCAGAUCUACGCGAAAGUGACAUCAAAAUUAAAGAGGAACCAGUUGAUGAUUAUCCCGACUACAGCGAAAACUUUGCUAAUUAUGGCGUUCAAGUGAAAUAUGAAGAUGGCGAAGAGAAAUUCAAACCAUCCGAAGAUGAUCGAUUACGUGAACGUGAAAACGGUCAAAAUUACGGUCACGAAGAGGGAGAGUAUGAUGAUAGGGAUUACAAUUAGGUUUUAAAUUGUCUCACAAUUUCCAUUUUUGUUUCGUUUCUUUACUUUCUAUCCACUUUUUUUUAUUUUCAACCCCCCCGAAAUGUUGGUGAGAGCGAAAACAACGAGAUAUACCGAAUUACCACGUUUUUACCUUGCUAUUUAUUCAGAAUUCGAAAUUAAGUCACCAUCAAUCCAUUUCAAUAAACUUAACAAAAGCAAAUUUAAAUAGAGAAAGAGAGCGAAACGCUUCAGAAUGUAAGUGCUUUGUGAGUGAUAACGAUUUGUGUUGAAUUUUCGAAAUGAAUUUACGUGAGGUAGCUUAAAAUACAAUUAAUAAACCUCCGUCUGCAACUUUAGCAUCGGUAUUCCUUAAUUGGAGCUAAAGGUAAAGUUAUUUACAAUUCGAAAUUAAUUAUUUUUUAAAUUACAAUAAAAACAUCGUAGCAUAAAAUAUCGAAACCAACAUUUUCGAAAUGAAUUCUUGAUUUUGGAUUUUUAACAUUAUUCUAAGUAAGAAUUUGAAUAAAUUGCAUAAUUUUCGACUCUGUCUAA